AUGGAUCUCUUUGCCCGAGCAAAUGAUGCUCUCAAGGUCAACCCUGUGACUGGGGUUGACGAAGGCCUUGCUGUGCAUGGAUCGGACUGGCUUUGGGCUGUCACAGCCAUUUAUAUCAUGGCUCUCCUCGGUUGCUUGGUCAUGUCCUUCACUGGAAAAGAAGCCGAGCGAGUUUUCCACUACCUCUUCACCUUCAUUCUCCUCGUCGGCGCCAUCACCUAUUUCGCCCAAGCAGCGGAUCUUGGCUGGAGUCCAGUCGUGCAGACUGACAAUCUCGGCAAUGGAGUCAUUCGUCAAAUGUUCUGGGUCAAAUAUGUCAACUGGGUCGUCGCUUGGCCCUCGCUCGCUUUGUGCCUCGGUCUGAUCUCUGGUGUAUCCUGGACAACCAUGCUCUGCAACAUCGCCAUCGCUCUGCAGUGGCCUGUUUGCUACCUUGUCGGUGCUUUCGUGACCACGAGCUACAAAUGGGGUUUCUUUGCCUUUGGUACUUUUGGCUGGAUUAUUCUCGCAAUGAGCACCAUCAACGAGAGUCGCGAGGCUGCACAGCUCCUUGGUAUUCACAAGGACUACAUUAUUCUCUCUGUUUGGAUCAAUGUGCUGUGGUUCAUGUACCCAAUUGCCUGGGGUCUGUCCGAUGGAGGUAACAAGAUCGGUGUUACUGGUACUUCCGUCUUCUUCGGUGUUCUCGAUGUCCUAAUGGUCCCCGGUCUGGCCUUCCUCGUCCUGUUCCUUUCCCGCAAGUGGGAUUAUCGUCACCUGAGCAUCGCUUUCAGUGAUAGCCGUCCUAGCCGCGAGAUGGAGGCUGCCGCCGCAUUCAAGUCUGAGGUCGCUCACUCGGCUGUCUAG